CUUGCCAAGAAACAUGAAAGCUAUAGUCGCUCUUCUCGGAAUUGUGCUGUUCGCCAUUGCUGGAGCGAUGGGGACACCUGUUAUAGUUGGACUGCCUCCUCCGCUGCCAAUUGACGUGGGAUUCGGAAUACUACCGCCACCUCUACCGCCACCUCCACCGCCACCUCCACCUCCUCCGCCACCUAUACCUCAGUCGUACGGAUACUAUUCGUACCCCCAGCACCACCACCAUCAUCAUAAUCAUGGAUAUGGCUACGACUACGGAUAUGGAAACUUUGGAUAUUGAGAAACCACUGAGUGGGAGUAUAGAAUAU